AUGCCUUUACUUUCUAAAGCAGGAGACAUAAUGAUUGGAGCAAUCUUUUCAUUUCACAACACUAUUGAAGAAUUCAAUCCACUGUUUAACGCUUUACCAAAGCCAAUAACAUGUACAGAUGUAAAUGUGAAGGAAUUUCUAUUUGCUAAAACAAUGAUAUUUGCCAUUGAAGAAAUAAACAAUUCAAUGCUACUGCCUGGUGCUUCUCUGGGUUAUAAAAUUUAUGAUGACUGCAGUUCUAUCCCUUUGGCUACAAAAGCAGCAAUGGAUUUAGUGAAUGGUCCUGAAGGAACACUUUCUGAUGUAUCUUGUAUUAAACCAUCAACUGUACAUGCAAUCAUAGGAAUGUCAGAUUCAUCACCUACCAUUGCUGUUGCUAAAUCACUUGGACCGCUUCACAUACCGGUAAGUUACUACUCUACUUGUGCCUGUCUCAGCAACAAACAUGACUUUCCUACUUUCUUUAGAACAAUACCCAGUGACUAUUAUCAAAGCAGAGCCCUAGCACAGCUUGUGAAGCACUUUGGGUGGACCUGGGUCGGGGCAGUGAGCAGUGAUAAUGACUAUGGCAAAGCUGGUAUUACCACAUUUAUAGAAGCUCUCCAGAAUGAAGAAAUAUGCAUUGAAUAUUCUGAAGUGAUUUAUAGAAAUAGUCCAAGAGACAAAAUUCUCAAAGUAGUAGAAACUAUGAAAAAAGCUUCGUCAAAAGUUGUUGUUGCAUUUGCAACAUUUAUUGACCUUGAAUAUUUAAUAAAUGAACUUCUUCUUCAAAAUAUCACAAGCUUGCAAUGGGUAGGCAGUGAAGGCUGGAUAUACAAUGAGUACCUUGCAACAGAGGAAAAUUACAAAGUCCUUGGAGGUGCUGUUGGUAUUAAUAUCAUGAAUCCAGUUGUACCAGGCCUACAAAAAUUCUUAAUGAAAUUCAUCCCAACCAACAUUCCCAACAAUACAGGUCUGGAAAGCUUUUGGGAAAGCACAAUGAAUUGCACAUCAGCAGGAGAAGAUAACACAGCAAAUGGCAAUGAGUGCCUUGGCUCAGAAACUGUAUAUAGAGCAGUGUACGCCAUAGCAUAUUCUGUACGCCAUUUUCUUAAAUGUCAGAGUAACCAGCAUGGAAAUUAUUCUUGUGGUAAUGCAAUGAACAUUGAGCCUUGGCAGGUACUAGAUAAUAUGAAACAUGUUAAUUUUACAACAAGUUAUGGAGAGACUGUAUAUUUUGAUGAAAAUGGUGACCCAGCGGCAAGAUAUGAAUUGAUAAACUGGCAGCUCAGUAAAGAGGGAAUGAUUAAGUUUGUCAAAAUUGGUGUGUAUGAUGCUUCACUGCAAGAAGGACAGCAAUUUGUAAUGAAUGACAUUACCAUUAUGUGGAAAGGUAAUAACAAAAAGGUUCCCAGAUCUGCAUGUAGCCAAAGUUGCUUUCCGGGCACUCGUAAGGCUGUCCAGAAAGGAAAGCCUAUUUGCUGUUUUGAUUGUAUUCCUUGUGCUGAAGGGGAAAUUACUAAUAUAACAGAUUCUCCUGACUGUUUAAAGUGUCCCAUUGAGUACAAAUCAAAUGACCUAAAAAGCCAAUGCAUUUUAAAAGAGAUUGAAUUCUUAGCAUUUGAAGAAACUACCGGAAUACUAUUAGUGUUUUUUUCCUUGCUGGGAACUUGUUUCACCAUGGCUGUGACAAUGGUAUUUUUAUACUACAGAGACACCCCAAUUGUUAGAGCCAACAAUUCUGAAUUGAGUUUUCUUCUCUUAUUUUCACUCUCUCUGUGCUUCCUCUGUUCACUCACAUUUGUUGGGCAACCGUCGCAUUGGUCUUGCAUGUUGCGACACACGGCUUUUGGGAUCACAUUUGUUUUAUGCAUUUCUUGUGUCCUGGGGAAGACUAUAGUAGUGUUAAUGGCAUUUCGGGCUACCCUUCCUGGAAACAAUAUCAUGAAAUGGUUUGGCCCCAGACAACAACGCUUUUGUGUUUUUAUAUUAACUUUUAUACAGAUCUUGAUUUGUGCUCUGUGGAUAAUUGUAUCACCUCCCUUUCCCAGCAAAAACACGGAACAUUAUAAAGACAGAAUUAUACUUGAAUGCAGCCUUGGAUCAACAAUAACAUUUUGUGCAGUUUUAGGUUACAUUGGUCUACUAUCCACUAUGUGCUUCAUUCUUGCUUUCCUGGCUCGUAAGCUACCCGAUAAUUUUAAUGAAGCUAAAUUCAUCACAUUCAGCAUGUUAAUAUUCUGUGCUGUCUGGAUUACUUUUAUUCCAGCUUAUAUCAGCUCCCCAGGAAAAUACACUGUAGCUGUGGAAAUAUUUGCAAUUUUAGCUUCAAGCUUUGGUCUACUUUUCUGCAUUUUUGUCCCAAAGUGUUAUGUGAUACUGCUGAAACCACACAAAAAUACCAAAAAAUUCUUAAUGGGUAAAGUGCAGUCGGAAUCGCUUUAA